AACUUCAGUCCUUAACCGCAACUCUAUACAACGCUGUGACCGGUGCUCUGUAUGUUAUAAUAAACGAUUGGAUAUAAAGCUGUUCGACCAACACCCAGAGAUUUUUUUAUUCAGGAUAUUUUUUUAGAAAAAAAAAGGCUCAAUAAUAUGGGAGAAGAAAAUAUCAGUUUUUUGGCUGUUUGGAUAAUUUUGGGAAACAUCUUUGUAACUUUUUCUUCUGUCCCUGAAGCCACCACCGACACUGUGUUUGUCUCCACUUCUCCCCUGCCGCCCACCGCUGAAUGGCUAACAAACUACACUGACAUUGUGUCCAAGUUCUCCCUGCGCACGGCAGACAUCCCUGAUGACGACAUGUGCUACAUCGUGGCCGGAAGGCCAGAAACCAUCAAAGAGUGUGAAUUCAACUCAGAAACACAGACCUUCGUUGUGAUACAUGGCUGGACGGUAACAGGGAUGUUUGAGAGCUGGGUGCCCAAGCUGGUGUCUGCGCUGUACGAGCGAGAGCCCACUGCCAAUGUCAUUGUGGUGGACUGGCUGACCCGUGCCAACCAGCACUACCCGACCUCUGCAGCCUACACCAAACUAGUGGGCCGCGAUGUCGCCAAGUUUGUCACCUGGUUACAGAAAGAGCUGCAGUUGCCCUGGGGGAGGAUUCACCUGCUGGGUUACAGUCUGGGAGCACAUGUGGCUGGAAUCGCCGGAGACCUCACUGACCAUAAAAUCAGCAGGAUCACAGGUCUGGAUCCGGCUGGUCCCACCUUUGAGCACGCAGAUGACCAGAGCACCCUGUCCCGAGACGAUGCCCAGUUUGUGGACGUCCUGCACACCAACACCAGGGGCUCCCCAGACCGCAGCAUCGGCAUCCAGAGGCCUGUGGGCCACAUCGACAUUUACCCCAACGGAGGCACCUUCCAGCCUGGCUGCGACAUCCAGAAUACCUUGCUAGGGAUUGCAUUGGAAGGGAUCAAGGGACUUCAAAACAUGGACCAGCUCGUCAAAUGCUCCCACGAGCGCUCCAUCCACCUGUUUAUCGACUCUCUGCUGAACACCCAGCAGCAGAGCAUGGCGUACCGCUGCAACUCCAAAGAGGCCUUUAACAAAGGACUGUGCCUCAACUGCAGGAAGAAUCGCUGCAACAAGCUCGGCUACAACAUCAACAAGGUCCGCACGGCCCGCAGCACGAAGAUGUACCUCAAGACUCGUGACAUGAUGCCAUACAAAGUUUUCCAUUACCAAGUGAAGGUUCAUUUCUUCAGUAAGGACCGGCUGAGCUUCACAGAGCAGCCAAUGAAGAUUUCCCUGUAUGGAACCCAUGGAGAGAAGAAUGACAUUUCCUCCGUCCUGCCAGUCCUGAACGGUAACAGCACUUUGUCCUUCCUCAUCACCACCGACGUCGACAUCGGAGACUUGAUGAUCGUGAAGAUGCGCUGGGAGAAGGACACGAUCAUCAGCUGGUCCAACUGGUGGGGCAGCAGCAAGUUCCACAUCCGGAAACUGCGCAUCAAGUCUGGGGAGACUCAGUCCAAGGUGAUCUUCAGUCCAAAGGAAGGAGAGUUUGCCUACCUUGUCAGGGGAGGAGAAGAUGCAGUCUUUGUCAAGUCAAAAGAGGACAAGAUGAGCCGUAAAGAGAAAUUGAUGCACAAGCUGAAAAUGCAGGGCAGUCUUUUUGGGCAGAACGAUGCUUGAAGUUGCACUUGACCACACACCCACAUCAUGCACACUAUCCAUCUCUACAUACAUACCCAAAGAUGGACAGCACACAGCAACACUGGGAAGGCCUCUGCAAGUAACUGGACAUAUAUAGUGACUGCUGCGUUUUUUUUCUGAUUCUUCCUGUUUUUCCUCAACUCCCAGUGCAACCAACACAACCUCAAUGACAGUGCUGGAAAUCAGUCUGUUCAUAAGCUCUCUCCUGUCUCUGAACGCUCUCUCUGCUGCUGAAAAAUGUUUCAGGCUUCUUUGUGAUGAUGUGCUCCCAGUUUUACAAAUUCACAGUAACUUUUGCUGCAUAUAUUUGUAAUCAUUCAUUUAUGCUUUUGUAGCCUACAUGUACUGUUUAUACUGAUUUUAAUGUAAUUUGAAAUCCUGGACUGGUGUGUUUUCUUUACUUAUGUGAACUUGGAUUAUUGUUAAUGUAAAAAUGAUUCAGAUUGACAGGCAUAGUUUAGGCACAUCUUUUUGUUUUUUGUUUGUUUUUUUAAAUGUGCAAAAUGAUCACUUUGUCCCUAAUGUUUGUCUUUACCUAACCACUAAUUGCCAACAAUCAACAGGGACCAAAGAAAUAUUUACUAUCUGCUGAAUGGAGAAUCACAGUGGUCAUUGUACAUACCUUUUUUAAUCAAUAUAUAUAUAUAUAUAUAUUUUUGAAUAUGAGUUCUGUGUUAAUAUCUGAUCUCUUGAAGCCUUGCUUGUUCUUUGAUUGCAUCUUGGUUAUUGUGUCACUGGUCACUUUAAAAAGCUCGUCGUCCCCUGCAGCCAUAUUAGAUGUUAAGGUCAUUGAGGGUGCAGUCCAGCAGGGACAUGCAUUCUUUAGUUUUGGUCAUUUUUUUCAUGAUCCAGUAAAGGCUAAGUUUGCCUGAAAACUUCAUGAAUGGGUCAAUAGUUGAAAAAUUAAAUAGUUUACCUCACUGACUAAGCUCAGUCUACAAUAUGCCCUUAUUUUGAAAGGUCAAAUUUCAAAAAUUGCUUAAAAAAUAAAAGUGAAAUUUGUGAUGGACUGGCCUACAUGAUAGCCAUAAUACAUCUCAAGAAUACUUCAUAUUGUAUUUAUUGAAUGUACAUUUAUAUAUAUGUAUAUUAAGCUGUAAUAUAUUUUUGCCAGGCUUCCAUUGUCAUCUGUAUUUUUAUAAAUGAAGCGUUUUGUGAUUUUAUGCAAAAGGCUUUGGAACGAUCGAUCAAAUUGGUCUCCAUGCCAGCUGUUGAGUGCAUAUGUAUGUAUAAAGAAAGAGCCCAGGAUGGUUUAAUAAAGAGAUAAACUACACAUUUAAAUCUU